GCUCGGAGUGAAAAAUGUAUUCCCAAACACCAAGAAGAGUGUUCGUCCUCACCCUCCUCGUGCUCACAUCCUUCUCACUGGCCGUCACCACCUUUGCACAAACCGAGCCAGCUGACGAAGCGCCACCGGCGACGAGGACCCAUGGCGUGUGCGGCGGUCCGGACGUGGGCGGGAAAUGCCACAGCGUCCCCAGGGCGCUGCACCUGAAGCUGAUCGCCAUCCCGGCGAUCCUCGUGGCCAGCAUGGCCGGCGUGUGCCUGCCGCUCGUCUCCCGCUCCGUCCCCGCGCUCCGCCCCGACGGCAACCUCUUCGUCGUCGUCAAGGCCUUCGCGUCGGGGGUCAUCCUCGGCACGGGUUACAUGCACGUCCUCCCGGACUCCUUCAACGACCUCACCUCGCCCUGCCUGCCGCCGAGGCCCUGGGCGGAGUUCCCGUUCACGGCGUUCGUCGCCAUGCUCGCCGCCGUGUUCACGCUCAUGGUCGACUCGCUCAUGCUCUCGUUCCACACCCGGGGCAAGGGCAAGGCUAGCGCCGCGGUCGCGCACCAUGGCCAUGGCAGCCCUCCUCCGCAGGGACACUGCCACGUGCACGGGCAUCUGGACAUGAGUAGUGAGUCGGCGAGCCCGGAGUCCGCCGUGGACGAGGUCGAGGACGACGACGUGGAGGCCGGCCGAACGCGGCUGCUCAGGAACCGUGUCAUUGUUCAGGUCCUGGAGAUGGGGAUCGUGGUGCACUCUGUGGUGAUCGGGCUGGGCAUGGGCGCGUCGCAGAACGUGUGCACGAUCCGGCCCCUCGUGGCGGCGCUCUGCUUCCACCAGCUGUUCGAGGGGAUGGGGCUCGGCGGCUGCAUCCUGCAGGCUGAGUACGGCGCCCGGAUGAGGUCGGUGCUGGUCUUCUUCUUCUCCACGACGACGCCGUUCGGGAUCGCGCUGGGGCUCGCUCUCACCAGGGUGUACAGCGACAGCAGCCCGACGGCGCUCAUCGUGGUCGGGCUGCUCAACGCCGCGUCGGCGGGGCUGCUCCACUACAUGGCGCUCGUCGACCUCCUGGCGGCGGACUUCAUGGGGCCCAAGCUGCAGGGGAGCGUCAGGCUCCAGCUCGUCUCCUUCUUCGCCGUCCUCCUCGGCGCCGGCGGCAUGUCCGUCAUGGCCAAGUGGGCGUGAUGUAUCCCGAGAAGAUCGAGCAGGCUGUCACGACAAUUACGUUAGGUACAGGUGUUGUGUAUAUGUGCUGUUAUGUGUUCCCGCCUCCUGCUCUCGGUUUUUACCUGUCGUCUUUCUUCUCUUCUCUGACACGGUAGUGGUAUUUGAGGUGUAAAUAGUACCAGUAAGUAGAAGCUGUGAAUCUAUGAUGGAAGGUGAGCUACCUGUAGAAUGUAAAAUUGUGUGAUAUGAAUAAGAUA